AUGAGGCAGCUAAUGCUCGCGUCAGUCCUGUGGAUUCUAUGUGUUUUACUUCAUCCGAUAAAAGCACAGAAUGAGAACCCUUUUGCGUCUUUCAUGAAAUUUAUAAAAGACGGCACAUUGGAACUGGACCAUGAGCCAUCCGACCAAGUAAAUAUGCUCUCAGAAUACGAUUUUAUAAUAGUCGGCGCAGGAACAGCGGGGUGCGUUCUCGCUAACCGACUAACAGAAGUCCCAGAUUGGAAGGUAUUACUCCUCGAAGCAGGUACCAAUGAAAAUUUUGUAAUGGACAUACCCCUCUUGUCAAACUACCUUCAAUUUACGUCAGCCAAUUGGGGAUAUAAAACUGAACCAUCAGAGAAGUACUGCGCAGGAUUCGAAAAUCAACAGUGCAAUUGGCCCCGAGGAAAAGUCGUCGGAGGCUCGAGCGUUUUAAAUUAUAUGAUUUACACGAGAGGCGCGCCUCAAGACUACAACAACUGGGAAUCCAUGGGAAACUCGGGCUGGGGAUGGGAUGAAGUAUUACCGUAUUUUAAGAAGAUUGAAAAUUUUAAUAUUCAAGCCUUCGAUAAUCCAGAAUACCACGGACACGACGGUUACCUUAGUGUAGAACAUGCUCCAUUCCGAACUACAAAAGCUAGAGCAUGGGUGAAAGGCGCCAAAGAAUUAGGAUUCAAGUAUGGUGACUACAAUGGCGCUACUCCAGCUGCGGUCUCAUACCUACAACUUUCUAUGAAGAACGGAACUCGCCACAGUUCUAAUAGAGCGUAUCUCCAUCCGAUCAACAAAAGAAAUAAUCUUUACUUAUCUAAAGCUAGUAUGGUGACCAAGCUUCUCUUUGACCCCACAAAUACAAAAGUUAUAGGCAUUGAAUUUGAAAAACACGGAAAAAGAUUUAAAAUAUUAGCUAAGAAAGAAGUAAUAAUAUCCGGUGGUACUAUCAAUUCCCCUCAACUUCUGAUGUUAUCUGGUAUUGGACCGAAAGACCAUUUAGAAUCUCUUCAUAUACCCAUUGUUAAAGAUUUACCCGUGGGGCACAAUUUGAUGGACCAUAUAGCGGCAGGAGGAUUACAGUUUAUGGUAAAACCCCAAAACUUAAGUUUGUCUACGGAAUUCAUAUUUAACCACAUCGAAUUGAUCUUUAAAUGGAUGCAAACACACAAAGGUCCUCUUUCAGUUCCGGGCGGUUGCGAAGCUCUUGUAUUCAUGAAUUUAAAAGACAAGUUUAACUCCACGGCCUGGCCAGAUAUGGAGCUUCUUUUCAUCGGUGGUGGUUUGAAUUCUGACCCAUUACUACCUAGAAAUUUUAAUUUCGACGAGCAAAUAUACCUAGAAACGUACAACGCUUUAGGCAAAAACGACAUAUUCAUGGUAUUCCCCAUGUUAAUGCGACCAAAAUCUAGAGGAAGGGUAAUGUUACAAAGCAGAAAUCCAAAAGUUCAACCGAUACUUAUACCUAAUUACUUCGAGUACCCUGAAGACUUAGAAAAAAUCGUGGAAGGUAUAAAAGUUGCCAUAGAAAUUUCUAGGCAACCGUCAAUGAAAAAAUUGGAUACAAAAUUGUAUGACGUGCCGAUUGAGGAAUGCUUACAAUACGGACCUUUUGGGAGUGAUGCUUAUUUCGCAUGUCAGACGCAGAUGUUUACUUUUACAAUUUAUCAUCAAAGUGGAACAUGUAAAAUGGGGAACAAAAAUGAUCCCACCGCAGUAGUUGACGACAGGUUACGAGUGCAUGGAAUAUCUAGCUUAAGAGUAAUAGAUGCUAGUAUAAUGCCUCAAAUAGUAUCAAGCCAUACCAACGCCCCCGUGUACAUGAUCGCAGAAAAAGGAGCAGAUAUGAUAAAGGAAGAUUGGGGUCAAAAAAUUAUUAAGUAA